AUGGCCACCUCCAGCUGGGAUAAGUUUAUCCUGCUGCUAUGGAAGAAUUGGAUCAUCCAGAAGCGCCAUUACGUGCAGACACUGUUCGAGAUAUUGAUUCCCGUCAUCGCCUGCGUGGUGUUGAUUGUAGUGCGAGGGCUUGUCGAUGCCGAUGUGUACGAUGAGCCGACCACGUGGAAUCCGCUAGAGACGAACACCAUUCGGCACAUGCUACCCGAGCUAAAUCCCAACAUCACACCUCCGUUCACGUUGCUGCUGGCGUACAGUCCACAGUCGCCGCUGACGGACAGGAUCAUGCAAAGAGCGGUCGAGCAUAUCCAGGAACCGAUCGAGCUGGCCGGGUAUCCAAACGCACAUUCGAUGGAAAAUUUCUUCCGCCUAAACUACUCGAUCGCCGGUGUUGAAUUUCCGGAGAGUUACGGCAAUUUGAACCAGCUUCCGGACAACAUUACCGUGUCGAUACGAUUCCCGGGAGAGAUGCGUACGCUGCAGGACGAUUUCACCGCAUUCUGGGCCAACUGGGCUACGGAGUUGAUGUUCCCGGCGUUCCAAAUAGCUGGCGCACGGGAGCGCGAGCGCGACGAUGGAGGUUAUCCAGCGAACUACUACAACGAGUCCUUCAUCGCGGUACAGAGUGCAGUUUCGAGGGCUCUCAUUUUGGAGCGCGAUCCGACGAUUCAGUUGCCGGAAGUUUAUCUCAAUAGAUUCCCAUAUCCACCGUACUACAGUGAUCCGCUGCUGACGGGCUUCGAAAAUCUCCUGCCACUGAUUGUAGUAAUCGCAUUCUUCUAUACUGCCAUCAACACGGUUAAGUACAUCACGGUAGAGAAGGAGAAGCAGCUUAAGGAGGCCAUGAAGAUCAUGGGAUUGCCGAGCUGGCUGCACUGGUCGGCGUGGUUUGUGAAGUGUUUGGUGCUACUGAUUAUAUCAAUCUCACUGAUCGUGGUCCUGCUGUGCGUUAACAUCACCACCAACACCGACCUGGCCAUCUUCGAGUACGCGGAGUGGACGGUCGUUUGGUUCUACCUGUUCGUGUUCAGCAUCACAACGAUCUGCUUCUGCUUCAUGGUGAGCACGUUCUUCUCGAAGGCUAACAUUGCAGCAGGCAUUGCCGGCCUACUGUGGUUCAUCCUGAUCGUCCCGUACAAUAUUGCGUUCUCGAAUUACGACGAUAUGACGGCGGGUGCAAAGGUGGCCAUCUGCCUGUUCUCCAACUCGGCCAUGUCGUUCGGGUUCAUGCUCAUGAUGCGACACGAGGGUACGGCCACGGGUCUGCAGUGGUCUAACCUGUUCGACCCGGUAUCGGUGGAUGAUGACUUCUCCGUUGGAGACACCAUGCUGAUGCUGUUGGCUGAUGCCAUCAUCUACCUAAUGAUUGCACUCUACGUCGAGAAGGUGUUCCCGGGAGAUUUCGGAAUCGCCGAGCCGUGGUAUUUCCUGUAUACGAAAAAGUUCUGGUGUAAAGACGCCCAGCAGAAGGCCGAAACGAUUCCGGCGGAUGUUAGCAACAUGGAGGGUGAUAAUGUGGAACGGGAACCGGAUGGCAAGUAUGCCGGCAUUCAGAUUCGCAAGCUACGCAAAGAGUUCAGUAAGAAAAAGGCAGCCGUUCAGGGGUUGAACUUGAACAUGUACGAAGACCAGAUCACGGUACUGCUGGGACACAAUGGCGCCGGCAAGACGACCACCAUGUCGAUGCUUACGGGGAUGUUUUCCCCCUCGUCCGGCACGGCCAUAGUAAACGGGUAUGACAUACGGAACAACAUUGAUGCGGUACGUGGGUCCUUAGGUCUGUGUCCACAGCACAACGUGCUCUUCAACGAGAUGACCGUCGCCGAGCAUAUCGAAUUCUUCGCCCGCUUGAAGGGUGUCCCGAGGAACAAGAUCAAGGACGAGAUUCGACACUACGUCCAACUGCUCGAGCUGGAAGACAAGCUGAACAAACAGUCACACACACUUUCGGGUGGCAUGAAGCGGAAGCUCUCGGUUGGCAUAGCGCUCUGCGGAGGAUCGAAGGUGGUGCUCUGUGAUGAACCGACCUCCGGCAUGGAUCCAUCGGCACGUCGUGCCCUUUGGGAUCUGUUGAUCAAGGAAAAACAAGGGCGCACCAUUCUGCUCUCGACGCACUUCAUGGAUGAAGCGGAUAUCCUCGGCGACCGAAUCGCGAUCAUGGCCGAGGGAGAGUUGAAGGCGUGCGGUUCAUCGUUCUUCUUGAAGAAACGAUUCGGCGUUGGAUAUCGACUGAUCUGUGUGAAGGGAGCGAAUUGUGAUCGUGGAACGCUUACAGGACUUCUUCGGAAGCACAUUCCCAACAUCGACAUUGACACGGACAUCGGUUCGGAGUUGUCGUACGUGCUAAACGAAAACUAUACGGCCGUUUUCCAGGAUCUGUUGCGUGAUCUCGAAGACAAUGUGGAGCAGUGCGGUAUCACCAGUUACGGUAUUUCGUUGACCACCCUCGAGGAAGUGUUCUUGCGCGUUGGCAGUGACUCGUAUGCGUUGGAUCAAAAAUCGGGUCACGAUGAUGGAAUCCUAGACACCAACGGGUUUAAUCAUUCGUCCACCGUUACCCUCGAUACGACCAGCGAUACGGCGCCCCUAUUGGAUGGUUCCAAUUUGGUUUGGAAUCAACUGUUUGCCAUGUUCCUGAAGAAGUACAUCUCCACCAAGCGUAGCUGGAUACAGAUGCUGGUUCAGGCCUGGAUUCCGAUCUACUUCGUCAUCGUGACCGUGAUUAUCGUGCGCACUUUCCCGGGACAAACCGAUCUCCCACCGAUACCGAUCAGUGUGUAUAACUACAGUGCAACCAAUACGAUCUUGGAAGCGACGGCCACCUCGAGUCCGUUCAUCGAUGGAUAUCGAGCGGUAUUCAGAGGCUUGCCGGGUAACCAUCGGCUGGAAGUUACUGAGAAGAAUAUGACAGAGCGCAUCCUAGAGUUGUCGGUCGCAAAUAUUGGUCAAGUUAAUCGCGAGUAUAUGGCGGCCGCAUCGAUAACCAACACGAACCACACCGUUUGGUGGAAUCCGACAGGCUUCCAUACGGCCCCACUAGCGUUGAACUUCAUGUACAAUGCGAUGAUCAAGUCGAUCAAUGCGGCCUAUGAGAUCACGAUCAUCAACAAACCGUUACCGUUUAAGGCGGAAACGAGGUUCACUCAACUGGAAGCGGGUAACAAUCUCGGAUUCCAGAUUUCGUUCAACACCGGCUUUGCGAUGUCGUUCAUUGCCGCACUGUACAUCAUGUUCUACAUCAAGGAGCGAACGAGCCGGGCCAAGUUGCUGCAAUUUGUCAGCGGUAUCAACGUGUUCACGUUCUGGAUCGUCUCAUUCUUGUGGGACUUUAUGACGUACGUCAUCACGGCGCUGCUCUACAUCAUCACGCUGGCCGUCUUCCAGGAGGAAGGAUGGGCCACCUUCGAAGAGCUCGGCCGGGUGUUCUUGGUGCUGAUAGUGUUUGGCAUCGCUUUCCUUCCGGUGACCUAUCUGUUCUCGUUCUGGUUCGAGGUACCGGCGACCGGCUUUGUCAAGAUGAUGAUAGUGAACAUAUUUAGCGGGACGAUCUUCUUUACGGCCGUGUUCCUCCUCAAGUUUGACGCCUUUGACCUGAGCGACGUUGCCAAUGGGCUCGAGUGGGCGUUUAUGAUAUUCCCACUGUUUUCGCUGAGCCAGAGCUUGAGCAAUAUCAACGUGCUCUCGACUACCGAAACGGUUUGCAGGGAGCAGUGCACGGAGGACACGACCGCACUCUGUUCGGCUGAGUAUAUCUGCUCCCUUUUGCCCCAGUGCUGCGACACGAAUAUCUUCUCGUGGGAAAAUACCGGCAUCAACAGGCAGCUGAUGUACAUGGGUGUUGUGGGAAUGGUAGGGUUCCUCAUCCUCAUGGGCAUCGAGUUCCGGGUGAUCGAGCGGAUAUUCAAACGUCGUAGGCAACGCACGGCUGAGUUGGCACCACUCAGCGAGGACUCCACCAUGGACGACGAUGUGUGGCGGGAGAAGAAUCGCGUGAAGGGUCUCUCGAACGCGGAGAUCGGAAACUCCAACCUGAUCGUCAGCGAGCUGACCAAGUACUACGGAAAGUUCCUGGCAGUCAAUCAACUCAGCGUGUCCGUCGACGGCUCGGAGUGUUUCGGUCUGCUCGGUGUCAACGGGGCCGGCAAGACUUCCACCUUCAAGAUGCUGACGGGUGACGAAAACAUCUCGGCCGGCGAAGCCUGGGUGAAGGGUAUCAGCCUGAAGAGUAGCCUCAACCAGGUGCACAAGGUCAUCGGAUACUGUCCCCAGUUUGACGCUCUCCUGGAGGAUCUAACCGGCAGGGAAACGAUGAAAAUAUUUGCCCUGCUUAGAGGCAUCCCCAAGCACGAGAUUGGUCACGAGACGAUCCGCCUCGCCGGGGAUUUAAACUUCAUGAAGCACAUUGAUAAGCGCGUGAAGGAGUACAGUGGUGGUAAUAAGCGAAAGCUGAGCACCGCUCUCGCACUCCUAGCGAACCCGGCCGUCGUGUAUCUGGAUGAACCGACCACCGGUAUGGAUCCGGGUGCGAAACGACACCUGUGGAAUGUGAUAAUCAACGUGAAGAAGGCCGGCAAGUCAAUCGUCCUCACGUCGCACAGUAUGGAGGAGUGCGAAGCGCUCUGCACCCGAUUGGCCAUCAUGGUGAACGGGGAGUUUAAGUGCCUCGGUUCAACGCAGCACCUGAAGAAUAAGUUCUCCAAGGGAUACUUUUUGACAAUCAAACUGAACCGCACGGGAGAUGGGUCGCCGGCAAAUGCCGAUCCGGUGAAGGACUUUGUGGCACGUAACUUCUCCCAGGCUGUACUAAAGGAAGAGUAUCACGACUCGCUUACCUAUCACAUCACCCAGUCCGAGUUGAAGUGGUCCACCAUGUUCGGGCUGAUGGAGGAGGCCAAACGAACACUUGACAUCGAAGACUACGCACUGGGGCAGACGUCACUCGAGCAAGUGUUCCUGUUCUUCACCAAGUACCAGCGAGUUACCGAUGAUAACUAG